CUCCUAAAUAAAGGUACAUAACCGGAAGUGAGCGGAUUUAGCUCCUUAGCCUGGAAUCUAACAGCAUUUAAUCAUACAAAUUGUUGUAUAUUUAACUUUUUGAAUCGUAAACACGAAAAAAUUAAAAUGAUUAAAGCGAUUUUGAUUUUUAACAACCACGGGAAGCCGCGGCUGAUCCGAUUCUAUCAAUAUUUUACGGAGGACAUGCAGCAGCAGAUCAUCCGGGAAACUUUCCAUUUGGUGUCAAAAAGAGAUGACAACGUUUGCAACUUCUUGGAAGGGGGAAGUCUCAUCGGAGGCUCCGACUACAAGUUGAUUUACCGGCACUACGCCACGCUCUACUUUGUGUUCUGUGUGGACUCGUCUGAAAGUGAACUCGGCAUUCUGGACCUGAUCCAGGUGUUUGUGGAAACGUUGGAUAAAUGCUUUGAAAAUGUUUGUGAGCUGGACCUCAUAUUCCACAUGGAUAAGGUCCACUACAUCCUGCAGGAGGUGGUGAUGGGGGGCAUGGUGCUGGAGACCAACAUGAACGAGAUCGUGGCGCAGGUCGAGGUGCAGAACCGCAUGGAGAAGUCAGAGGGAGGUCUAUCCGCGGCGCCUGCUCGCGCCGUUUCCGCCGUGAAGAACAUGAACCUUCCCGAGAUUCCCCGCAACAUCAACAUCGGGGACAUCAACAUAAAAGUUCCCAGCCUCUCCCCGUUCUGAGGAGCAUCCUCGUCACCCCCCUUCAUUCCGCUCGCGUCUGCUGCACACGGAGAAGCAUCAAAAUCAUCUUUUCAAUUAACGUCCCAGCUCCUCCAUCUGCCACAGCAGGUUGGCUGGAAGGCGUCAGAGACUUUUUUCUAAUUGCUCAAGCACAUUUGUUUUUUUUUUUGUUGUGAUUUAUGAUUUUUUUUUUCCCCUCGUCUGGAAUAUAUUUCAUGUUGGGAGUCAGUUUGAAGGCCGAAUGUUUCCCCUGAGUGAAGCUGUGCUCCGUGCCGACAGCUGAAAUGCUUUUGUAAAGUUCUAUUUUUGUGUAUUUUGUUGUCGUGUUUUAACAUGUCAAAGUUGAUUCUUAUCUCGGUCUGUAAGCAUUUCUUGGCAAAAUAAAUGAAGUCAUAAAUAAUAAAAAAAAAA